AUGGCACUCCUCCGAAAACUCCGAACCGUCGCCGCCCGUUUCUUCCCAACCCAAAGCCUCAAUUUCAACACUUUCCCCGACAUCCCCACCUCGGCCUACUACGAUGACCAGGUCAAUGCCGCUGGCCGUUCCAGAGACUUCGACGGCCUCCGCCACCUCCUCAACAAGCGCGUGAAGGACCAGUGCUUCAACACCACCAACACCUUCAAGUUCAUCACCAGCACCGACGCCUCCCUCUCCGUACUCGACGAUCUCUGUCGAACUCUGGCUCGUCUCGACAGCUUCGCCCGAAAGAGCGCGUACGACUCGCUCAUCGUGCGGCUCUGUAAGCUGGAGAGGGUCGACGAGGCGCUGCGCUUGGUGGAAAUGAUGGCCCGUGGAAACUACGGCCUGAACGCGCGUAGCUUUCACCCCAUACUCAAUGUUGUUACCAGGAAGAAGAGGAUGGAGGAAGCGUGGGGCGUGGUGGAUCUGAUGAGGAGGCUUGGGGCUCCGCCGGAUCUGACGGCGUACAAUUAUCUACUGAUGGCGUAUUGUUUCUCCGGAGAUUUGGAUCCGACGGCUGCAGUGCUGAAGAGGAUUGAGGAGGAGGGGAUGAGGGCAGACACGCGUACGUACGACGCGCUGGUGCUGGGCGCGUGCAAGGCGGGGAAGGUGGAGGGGGCUCUGGUGCUGCUGAGGAGGAUGGUGGACGAUGGAGUGCCGAUGCAGCUUUCGACACCCAUGUACGUGAUUGAUUCGCUGCUGAGAGCGGGCUUUUACGAUCAGGCGGUGAAGUUUGUGAGGAGCGUUAGCGGGAGGGACACGUGGCUGGACAAGGAGAAUUUCGGGAGCUUGUCGAACCGGCUCAUCAAGUUGAAGAGGUUUGACAAGGCAAAACUGGUCUUGGACGAAAUGAAAUCCAGGGGUUUAGAUAUGAGCGAUAAAUUGAAGGAGAAAUAUGAGAUUAUUUAG